GUGGGGUUAGUGUGUUCGGGAGUAUUUACACACAGACCACUCAAACGGUAUCUACCAGGGUCUGCAAUGUAAACUUUUAUUAUCCUUGCUAUCAGUAACUCAAUCAUGACAGUAAGACGGAAUUCGGCUUUGCUGAUUGAGAACUUAAGGACAGCAUUUGACACAAAAGUUCAGCGUUCAGCCUGGAUCCGUUUCUCUAAAUGUCCUGGCACACCCUUGAUUUAGUUUUUUGUUUUUCCGAGUCAUAGAUGAAGUUUCUGAGACUACGUUUCUGAGACCAUGCAGAGUUAUGAAGAGAGCACAGCAUUUCUGGGCUCCUGGGGACUUUUCCAGCGGAGUGUCUUCUUCAUGCUCUGUGCCAGCAUCUUGCCAAAUGGAUUUGGAGUGUUUUCUCUCGUGUUCCUGACUGACAUUCCCCCUCACCACUGCAGGGUUCCAGAGGACAACUUGACCCAAGAAUGGCACAAAGCUGCCAUCCCAACAGAGGUGGUGAAUGGGGAAGAGGAGCUGAGCAAAUGCACCAGAUACAGACUGGAUGUGGUCAGAAAUCUCUCCGCUCAGGGUUAUAUACCCGGCAGGGACAUUAACCUCACGGACCUGGAACGGGAGGGCUGUGUGGACGGCUGGAGCUACAGCAAGGCCAUCUACCAGUCCACCAUAGUGACUGAGUUUGACCUGGUGUGCAGUGAGCAGUGGAAGCAUCCAUUUACAUCCACAGUUUACUUCUUGGGAGUUUUGAUUGGGUCCUUUCUUUCAGGACUCCUCUCAGACAAAUUUGGAAGGAAGCCUGUGCUGUUCGGGACCAUGGCCAUUCAAGCAGUUUUUACUUUUGCUGCAGUCUUCUCGCAGUCUUGGAAGGUUUUUGCCAUCCUCCUUUUCCUCACUGGUUUGGGACAAAUCUCCAACUAUGUAUCUGUUUUAGUGCUAGGGGUUGAACUGAUGAGUGGACGCGUGCAGGUCCUGUUCUCCUCGCUGGGUUUAUGUCUGGGCUACGCCUUUGGCUACAUGUUGCUCCCCCUCUUCGCUUACUUUUUAAGAGACUGGAAACAUCUCUUGUUAGUUUUGUCUAUGUCUGGUUUAGUCUUCCUUCCCCUCUGGCGGUUCAUCCCAGAGUCGCCUCGGUGGCUGCUCUCUCAGGGACGAGUGGAAGAGGCAGAAGCCAUCCUCCGAAACGCUGCUAAGAAGAACAAAGUUGAGGCCCCAGAAGUCAUCUUUGGUGACAAGACUGCAGGUGGGGCACAACCUAAGGAGAGUUUUCAUAUUUUCAAAAUGCUGAGGACCAAAAACAUUGUGUGCACAACCGCCACUCUGUGCCUCCUGUGGUUCAGUCUGAGCACGGGCUACAACAGUCUGUCCCUCAACACGCCCAGUCUUCACUCCAACCCGUACGUCAGCUGUUUCAUCUCAGCCGCUGUCGAGGUCCCAGCAUAUAUUUGCAGCUGGCUGGCUCUGCGCAGCUUCCCACGACGACAAAUCGCUAUGUCCAUUUUGCUCCUCGUAGGGGCAUCGCUGUUUAUUAUACAAGCGGUUCCUGAAAGUUUAUCAAAUCUGUCCAUGGCCCUGGAGAUGCUGGGUAAAUUUGGAGUUACAACAGGUGCAGGCCUGAUGUUUGCAUACACGGCUGAGCUCUACCCGACAGUGCUAAGGAACACGGCAGCAGGGAUCUGCAUGUGUGUGUCCAGGGUGGGGAGCUGUAUCGCACCUUUUCUGUUACACCUGAGCGUUUACUCUAAGUUCCUACCGCAUAUAAUUCUGGGGAGUCUGGCAUUUGUUUCCGCAUCUGCCGCUCUCUUCCUGCCAGAGACCUUUGGUCGACCUCUGCCUCAAACUAUUCACCAGAUGCAUCAGAGAGAAAGGAUCAAAUGUCCAUCAUGCAUCAGAAGAAACAGUGGCACAGUACCCGUGACACUACUGGACAAUCCUUCAUGAUGAUAUCUUUUUGUUUGUUGUUGUUUUUUUUAAUAUUGAAAACGUAUUAUUGUUGGGUUGUUUCCGGAUGUACAUGCAGCUGGCACCAACUAUAGCUGGCAGUCAAACACUAAUGUCACCAUUUAUAAAUUCAGAGUUUUGGUCAUACAACAGUCACAGCCUGCACCAACACGCCUGAUUCUAAUGAAUGGUCAUCAUCAGCUUGUCAUCAAGGUCUGCACAACUCUGUUGGUGACACAGCUGCUUGUAUCACGGUGUGCUGAAGCAGGGUAGCAUCUAAAACAUGCACCACUGACCUAAAGCAGAACCCUUGAUCACAAUAAGGUGUUUAAGUCUUUGCAAUAAAAUAACCCCAGCUUUCUAACUAGUGUCUGUUUUCAACUAGUGUUACUCAUCAUGUAGUGUUGUUGUUUCCACUUCACGCCGACUUACCUGCGUCUCUGUGUGUGUUUUUACGCAGUGUUUCCUUCAUUAAACCCUCCUUUAAUCACGUCUGCGCUUGUGUCCGCCUGCUGCUUUUAAAACCUGAUGUACAUAAAUGAAGUUUGAUUUGAUUUGUCUGAAACAAUCAUCUAUGCAUGUAAUGCUUAAUGCUUAAAUGUAAUGCUUAAUUACAAAGAGGAAUUGACGGGUUUUCUUUAUGUCAUGUCAUUAUGUUACGUUAUGUUAUUUCAAUUUAUCAAAUAAAUAAAGGA